AUGUUCAAAUUCGCUGUUGUCAUCUUUGCUUUGAUUGCCUGUGCUGCUGCCAAACCCCAUUUGAUUGGUGCUCCUUUGGCUUACACCGCUCCCGCUGCCGUUGUUGCUGCUCCAGCUCCAUUUGUUACUGCCACCAGUAGCCAGGUUAUUGCUCGCAAUUACAAUGGCAUUGCUACCGCUCCCAUUGUAGCUCCUGUAGCUGCCCCUGUUGUAGCCAAAGCUGUUGCCCCAGUUGCUUUCGCUGCUCCUGUUGCCAGAUACGCCUCCGCUUAUGCAACUCCUUUCGCUUACACUGCUCCUGUUGUAGCUAAAUAUGCUGCUGCCUACACUCAUCCUUUGGCCUACUCUGCUCCCGUUGUUGCUAAAUAUGCUGCUCCUUUGUCCUACUCAGCACCUUUGACUUAUGCCGCCGCUCCUGCUUUGUGGUAAAAACUGUUUUGUAACGAAAAUAUUAAAUAGUAAUAAAAAAAAAAUUAUAAUUUAUUAAAAACAUA